AUGCCGCCGAAGUUCGAUCCCUCUCAGGUGGUGGACGUCUUCGUCCGAGUGACCGGCGGUGAGGUCGGAGCAGCAUCCUCCCUCGCUCCCAAGAUCGGUCCGCUGGGUCUGUCACCGAAGAAGAUUGGUGAGGACAUCGCCAAGGAGACCGCUAAGGACUGGAAGGGAUUGCGCGUCACCGUCAAGCUCACAGUCCAGAACCGUCAGGCGAAGGUGACGGUGGUGCCGUCGGCUGCUGCUCUUGUCAUCAAGGCCCUGAAGGAGCCGGAGCGUGACAGGAAGAAGACGAAGAACAUCAAGCACAACGGGAACAUCUCGCUUGAUGAUGUGAUCGAGAUUGCUAAGGUCAUGAGCCCUCGAUCCAUGGCGAAGGAUUUGAGCGGAACGGUGAAGGAGAUUCUGGGGACUUGCGUCUCCGUGGGUUGUACUGUCGAUGGGAAGGACCCGAAGGAUCUCCAGCAGGAGAUAACCGACGGUGAUGUUGAGAUUCCCUCUGAGUAA